GGCGAAUGCUGCGCGGGGUUGCAUCCCUUAUUCUGGAUUAGGGUUAAGAUUUCAAUAUUGCACAAACUUGGACUCCACCCCCUCUCACUUGACUCAGCGUACAAGCCCCAAACUUUUUCCACCCCUUUUGUGUUCAAACUCGAAAGUCGUGAUUUUGUUGCUUCCAAAUGCAUGUUAUGUACGAGGGCACUGUUGUUGCCGAAAAAUACACACAACUUUGGUGUUUGGUAAGCAACAAACAAUGAGUGGCCAAAGCCAAAGUUGUGUAAGCAAUGGAACCGAACGAUCAAGGAUGCAUUGGACUCCAUUGAUGGAACGCUACUUCAUUGAUCUCAUGUUGGAGCAUUUGCAGAGAGGGAACAGGGUUGGCCACACGUUCAACAAACAAGCUUGGACAGACAUGCUCACCUCGUUCAAUGCCAACUUUGGUUCACAGUUCGACAAAGAUGUCUUGAAAGCUCGGUAUACCAAUUUGUGGAAGCAGUUCAAUGAUGUCAAGAGUCUUCUUUCUCAAUUCGGUUUUUCAUGGGAUGCUGCCCGGCAAAUGGUCGUGGCUGCUGAUGAUUCUGUUUGGGAUGUUUAUUUGAAAUCUCACCCUGAUACUCGAUGCUACAGAACAAAACCAGUGUUGAACUUCGAUGAUUUGUGUGUUAUAUAUGGGAACGCUCUUGCUGAUGGAAGAUAUAGUUUAUCUAGCCAUGAUGUAUGCCCGGAUGAUAAAUUGCAAGAACUGCAUUUGGUUGAUGGAACAGGAACCGUUACUGUACCAAGUUCUGAGCGUACCAGGACGGAUUGGACUGCUUCUAUGGACCAGUUUUUUAUAGAGCUUAUGGUUGAUCAGUUGGGUAGGGGCAAUCAAGUGGACAAUGGAUUCAAUAAAAAAGCUUGGACAGAUAUGCUAGCCAUUUUCAAUGCUAAGUUUGGAUGUCAACAUGGUAGAAGGGUUUUAAAGAACCGGUUCAAGAAACUAUUGAAGUACUACCGUGAUAUAACCGAUUUUAUAAAACAAGGCUUUUUGUGGAAUGAACAACAACAAAUGCUUUUGGCUGAUGAUCAUUUCUGGGAUGCUUAUGUCAAGGCACAUCCUCAUGCACGAAUAUAUAGAUCGAAAACUUUGCCAAACUAUCGUGAUUUAGAAUUAAUAUUCAGAAACGUGUCUGAAAAUGAGAUCAAUAAUUUGCAACCGGAGAAAAAUCACGAAGAUGUCAUAUCAGAAGAAACAAAGGCCGGGCUUAAGAUCUCUGGGGAGCUUAGUAGUUACCUCUGUGAUCGUGUCCCUGAAGGUGAAGCAAAAGGAAGUCGCAACCCAAGUGGCACCGACCGAACUAGAACAUAUUGGACACCCCCAAUGGACCGAUGUCUCAUUAACUUGUUAUUGGACCAAGUCAAACAUGGAAAUAGAGUUGGGCAGACAUUCAUUUCCCAGGCUUGGAAUGACAUGAUUACAUCUUUCAAUGAACAAUUCAAUUCUCAAUAUGACAAAGAUGUUCUGAAGAAUCGUUACAAACAUUUGAGGAAACAGUUCAAUGAUGUAGACCAUCUUCUUCAGCAUGAUGGGUUUUCAUGGGAUGAUACAAGAGAAAUGAUUGAUGCAGAGGAUCAUGUUUGGGAUUCUUAUACUAAGGCACACCCUGAAGCUCGAUCACUUAGAGUUAAAACCUUGCUCGACUAUGGGAAAUUGUGUAUAAUAUUUGGAGCGAAAGGAUCUGAUACAAGAUAUCUCCAUUUAGCACAUAAUGCACAUCUCACUAGAGAAUUACCGACAUUGAUAGCAGGUGAACAGAAGAAUGGCCUUUUUUCAAAUGUUUAUGAUGCUGGUUCUACAAUAGAGUGGACAGAAUCAAUGGAACGCUGUUUUGUUGACUUUAUGGUUGAGCAAGUAAAUAAUGGAAAUCGGAUUGAAAAUCUAUUCAAUGAGGAAGCUUGGAUGCAUGUGGCCCAAACAUUCAACACUAGAUGGGGACUACAAUCUGAUAAGAAGGUUCUAAUGGAACAAUAUUUAUGCUUGAUGAAGAAACAUGAUGACAUCUGCAACAUUCUCAGUCACAGUGAGUUUGCAUGGAAUGAAACCCUACAAACAAUAAUUGCUAAGGAUGAUGUAUGGGAUGCAUAUAUUAAGGAUCACCCAGAUGCCAUCUCAUAUAAAAACAAGUGUUUGUAUAAUUUCCAUGAUUUAUGCAAGAUUUUCGGAAACAAAGUAAUGGAAAUAUCAGAUGUCAAAGUGAGUGAUCUGGGGCAGCUUCACUUGAUGGAAGAAGAUGAUUUUACCAUUGACAUGCGUAUGGAUGAAACAUCUGAAAAUUUGGUUAAUAUCAUCAAUGUUGACAUAUCAGAGCAAGAUCUGGGCAGGGGAAGGGAAAAUGAUGCUGAGGAAUCAUAUGGGAAUUUGGUGGUGAGUGGCAGCAAUGAAAUUGACAUUGUUGCCGUUGAAACAAAUGGAAAUUUAGAUGUGACUAGUAACAACGAAAUAUCGAACCAAGACAGAGAAAAACCAAUGACACACCAUGUGAGGAAAAGACCUGGUACGAUGAUGUCUAGAGACUCAACACUUCCCAAAACGAAGCUGCGAAUGAAAGAAGCUUUGUCUGAGAUGGCUAGUGCUGUGAAGGCACUGAUGAAUAAGAGAGAGAACACCAAUUCACCAUUUGAAGAUGCUUUGAGUGUUCUUCAGGCUAUGCCAGACAUAGAUGAAGAGUUAGUAAUGGAUGCUUCUGAUUUGUUGGAAGAUGAGACGAAAGCAAAGAUCUUUUUAGCUUUGGAUAUCUCCUUGAGAAAGAAGUGGUUGCUUAGAAAGCUUCGACAGUAAAAACCACAUUACUCAACUGUACAUACCUUACAUUUGGUUCUUUUCUUUAGUUUUAUGGUUCUUACGCAUAACUAUUUCUCUUUUAACAUUAGUUAAGAUCUCAUCUAUAAUAAGCAUUUAAUCUCAA